UAAGACUUGGCAAAAACAACUUGCCGUGAUAAUGGUUUUGAAAAGUUUAUGGAACGAGGAAUUUUAAUCAAUUGAAUUAUAUAAAUUUUAUAUUUUUUACAUCAAACUAUUGGUAUAGCAAAGUAGAAAGGAGGCAGCCGCGUUAUGAGUUCCGUAAAGACAUAAUAUGAAUAUAUAUUGUGAUAUUAUCACAGACAGAUUAUAGUUAAUUGUGAGACUAUUUGAGACUACACUAUAUACUACUAUAACCCUAAUAUAUAUAUAUAUAUAUAUGAUUUUACAGAAAGUAUUGAUAUAUUUUGAGUAUUUUAAGAAACCAUGAAAAACAAACAUACUGCUUCUCGAGCUAAAUCGCUUCCAGCAGACCCAAGAAUUAGAAACAAGGAACGAAAACUAAAAGGCAGAGUAUCAUUCAGUUCACGUCCGCCUAUAAAAAUCGAGUUUGACUCCGAUGCUACUGAAUAUAAUGCGUCACCGAUUCCAAAAGAACAAUUGUUUACGUACAAAUGUGAACAAUUUAGGAAUGAAAAGAAAGAGUCGCGCUGUUACACGAAGAAUAAAGACCACCUGCUUGUAGAAAUACCAAAAAAAGUUGAAAGAGAUUGCUCAAACGAUCUUGAUUCAGUAAACGAAAUGUUGAUGGACAUUUUAGAGGAAAUUGAAGUUGAAAAUAUCACCAUUGAAGAUUGUUUAAGAGAUGCGGUUUAUCUUCAAAUUUUAGAAGAGGAAGAUGCAAAAGAUGUCAUCCCUACAUUCACAGUGGAAAAAUAUAAUUUCACCUAUGAGAAUGAUAAUAAUAACAACAAUAAAGCUAGUAUAAACUCGGAUAAAGAAAGUGAAAACUCAACCCAAAUUGACAAACUUUUGGAUAUAUUCUCUGCUUUGCCAACUAAAGAUUUGGCAAAAUGUUGUAAAUACACUCUGGGAAAACUUUGUCAAUUAACGAGUUACGAAGAUUAUGAACACAUUCAAAAGAUAGCUGCCAGUGUGUGCGAAUCUUUUCGCGAUUCUCCUGUUCCUUCUAUCGUUAGUGAAAUCUCACACGAACGAUCACGGAACUGGAGCAAUGACUCCUACGACGGUUCGUUUUUCACCGAUUCGUCUAAUGAUACAAAUUAUUUGUCGAGUGGAAGUUCCGAAAAUUUUGAAUAUUUAUCUUCAGAAUCAGAAAGAGAUUUCAAAAUAGAUGCAAAAUGCUUAGAAAUUCCAAACGAACAUAGCGUAAAUACAGUAAAAGACAUCUUGCCCGUUCUUGUCGAAGAAGGUAUUUUGCAGCCUCGCCAAGUCUGGGGAAUUUUAGAAUUACCAGAUCAAAAUGAAAUGUUGAAACGGUUAAUAAAAGAGAUGUCCAAUUCAACAGGAUCAGCAAAACUUGAAAAGGUUGUUAACACAUUUUCUUUUCCAAACAUUAAAAAUAUAAUCGCAUGCUCGAGGAUUUCUGAAGAUUCCGAUUCAUCAACAAAUGACAGUGAUUAUGGAAGCAAUAGCAGCGAAAAUGAAACCUCAUCAUGUGGUAAAACCAACUCAAAAAAGACUUCACUUUCUAACUUGAAAGUAUCGAAAAGAUUCGGUCUAAAUAAAACUAAAACAACACGCCCAUUUACGAUAUCUUCAGAGUGGAAACAGCGUGAAAGAAAUAAUCCGAUAACGUCAACACCGGAAAAGACAGAAGAAAUUAUCAUAACAAAGCAUGAACAUGGCUGUCCCGAAACUUGGUGUCACGUCAACAACCUACUCGCGUCAACAGCAUCAGUUCUCAGGCAUCAUGGGUAUCUUACAGAGGAAGAAAUCUCAAAUAUUACUGAACUCGAUAUGAAUAAAUUUUCCGAAUUAUCAUGGCCCGAAAAAGUCAAGUUAUGGAUCGCAAUAGAGGGUUUAAAAUUAGAUAAAAUGUAUAUUGAAUGUCGCAGAAAAUUGACAUCAUAUUCGAAAACAUUUGAAAAUUUUCCGGUAACACACUGCUGAAGGAGGCAACUCGAUAACGAAUCCUCAUAAAGACGAAGAAUAUUUUACUAAACGGCAACUUUCCCGAAAUGUAGUCAACUCAAUCAUUAUGGUAUUUUUAAAGAACAUAUUUUUAUCUAUUACUUUGCAAGACAACAUGCUGCUAUAAUAUAAUUGGAGCUGUAUUUUAUUAGAAUUCAGUGUUAAAAGUAAUACAAUUUUAGGUUAUAUAUAUUAGUCGUAUUCCUUAUAUAUAAACAUUGUAAAAACAAAAUAAAACCACAGAACAAAGAGGAACUAAUAUUCAGCCCUUGGCCUUGCUUAAUUAUUUCAAUGCGAUUAUUGAUAAAUACUGCCAAAAAAUUGCUUUUACUCAUAUUACAUGUCCACUUUUUGUUCGAUAUCUUGGAAAAAACGCCUGCAAUUUUACAAAAGCAUUUCGUUUAUUUUUUGAAAUAUUAAAAAAAAAUUGAAUUCUUAAAAACACAAAUGUACAGUUUGUGUACACAAAUGUACAGAUAUAUAUAUAUUUUAUGAAAAAUUUACUUUUUUGCUUUUGCUUUUCUAUUAAUACUUGUAAUUCUAUUAAUCGACUGAAAAGAUACUGAGAUAUUUGAAAAAUGCAAUUUGCAUGUAUUUUCAAUUUAUUCUAAAUAAACUCGAUUUUUUUGUAA